CUUCGUUCUUCACUGCUGAGAUUUUGGGGCAGCGGAGCUGAUUCGUGCGCACCGCGGCUCUGAAAUGCGCUCUGAACUCUCCAGCCAUGGCCAUAGUGAUACUUUAAACGGCAUGGGCGCACGUACGAAGUGCUACCACCCACACAGCAAACUGGUCGUUUUAUGAAUAGAGGAAUUCGCCUUUCUUCAGCCACUUUGCAUGGCAAGGAGGAGGACAAGGAGGAGCUCCCCGAGUGCAGCAGCAGCAGCGUAGCGAGGGACUAGAUAGCUGAGAGAGAGCGCGCGCAGGCAGGUGUGUGAGGUGACUUGGUGGUCUCCUGGGUUGAGGAAAGCAUUAGAGACACUGCUCGGUGCAGCAGCGGGGACACUGUUCUUUUACGCAACUGAUGAAAAUAAGACCAGAAGAAAAGAAAAAACAAGACAAAAAAGAAAAAAAAAUCAAAACAACCCGCUGCGAGCUGUGCCACAAGAGCUCGCGCGAGGCUCCACGACAUCUCACUGGAUUUCUACUCCGUUAAUAAGUAGUUACCUCAGGAAAAAUGUCGUCUCAGACGAAAUUUAAGAAGGACAAGGAGAUCAUUGGAGAAUAUGAAACGCAAGUUAAAGAGAUCCGUAAUCAGCUGGUGGAGCAGUUUAAGUGUCUGGAGCAGCAGUCGGAGUCUCGGAUCCAGCUGCUGCAAGACCUGCAGGAGUUUUUCCGCCGCAAGGCAGAGAUUCAGCUGGAGUAUUCCCGCAGCCUGGAGAAACUGGCCGAGAGAUUCUCCUCCAAAAUCCGUUCGUCCAGGGAGCACCAGCAGUUCAAGAAAGAUCAACACCUGCUCUCCUCAGUAAACUGCUGGUACCUGGUUUUGAAUCAGACUCGCAGAGAGAGCAGAGAUCACGCCACGCUCAACGACAUUUACAUCAACAACGUCAUCGUCCGCCUGGCUCAGAUCAGCGAGGAUGUCAUCCGGCUUUUCAAAAAGAGUAAAGAAAUCGGUAUUCAGAUGCAUGAAGAGUUGGUGAAAGUGACAAACGAGCUGUACACUGUGAUGAAGACAUAUCACAUGUACCACACGGAGAGCAUCAGUGCUGAGAGCAAACUGAAGGAUGCUGAGAAACAGGAAGAGAAGCAGUUCAGCAAGUCUGGUGACCUGAACGUCAACCUGCUGCGGCAUGAAGAGCGUGCGCAGCGCCGCAGCUCUGUCAGGAAGAUCGAGAAGAUGAAGGAGAAGAGACAAGCCAAAUAUUCAGAAAACAAGCUGAAGUGCACAAAAGCUCGCAACGACUAUUUAUUGAACCUGGCAGCCACCAACGCUGUGGUGGCGAAAUACUACAUCCACGAUGUCUCGGAUAUGAUUGAUUGCUGUGACCUUGGGUACCAUGCUAGCUUAGCCCGCACUUUUAGGACCUAUCUCUCAGCGGAAUAUAACCUGGAAACAUCUCGCCAUGAGGGUCUGGACCUCAUUGAGAACGCAGUGGACAAUCUGGACUCCCGCAGUGACAAGCACAAGAUCAUGGACAUGUACAACCAGGUGUUCUGCCCGCCCAUGCGCUUUGAGUAUCUGCCUCACAUGGGAGACGAGGUGUGUCAAGUGAGUGCACAGCAGCCAGUUCAGACGGAGCUCCUAAUGCGCUACCAUCAGCUGCAGUCUCGCCUAGCCACACUGAAGAUCGAGAAUGAGGAGGUGCGCAAGACCUUAGAUGCCACCAUGCAGACACUGCAGGACAUGCUGACCGUGGAGGACUUUGACGUGUCCGAUGCCUUCCAGCACAGCAGAUCUACAGAGUCUAUUAAAUCAGUGGCCUCUGAGGGCUACAUGAGUAAGCUGAAUAUUGCCAAACGACGGGCCAACCAACAAGAGACCGAGGUCUUCUACUUCACUAAAUUCAAAGAGUACCUGAACGGCAGCAACCUCAUCGUUAAACUGCAGGCCAAGCAUGACCUGCUGAAGCAGACGUUGGGGGAAGGAGAAAGGGCUGAGUGUGGAACCACAAGACCCCCCACCCUUCCCCCUAAACCACAGAAAUUGCGGAAACCCCGGCCGCGCUCCGUCUAUAAUCAUAAGCUGUUUAAUGGAAAUAUGGAGUCCUUCAUUAAGGAUUCAGGCCAGCCUAUUCCUCUUGUGGUGGAGAGCUGUAUUCGAUACAUCAAUCUGUAUGGCCUUCAGCAGCAGGGCAUAUUCAGAGUUCCCGGAUCUCAGGUGGAAGUCAAUGACAUUAAAAAUUCAUUCGAAAGAGGCGAAGACCCACUGAUUGAUGAUCAGAGUGAUCAUGACAUAAACUCGGUGGCAGGCGUUCUGAAGCUGUACUUUAGAGGGCUUGAGAAUCCUCUUUUCCCCAAGGAACGCUUCCUAGACUUCAUCUCCACCAUCAAGCUUGAGUCAUCUGCUGAACGAGUCCAUCACAUUCAGCAGAUUAUAGUCACUCUUCCUCGUACCAUCAUCAUCGUCAUGAGAUACCUGUUUGCGUUUCUCAACCACCUGUCCCAGUACAGCGAUGAGAACAUGAUGGACCCCUACAACCUGGCCAUCUGUUUUGGCCCCACACUGAUGCCCAUCCCUGAUGGUCAGGACCCUGUGGCCUGCCAGGCCCACGUCAACGAGGUCAUCAAGACCAUAAUCAUCCACAAUGAACUCAUAUUCCCUGCCCACCGUGAGCUGGAGGGCCCUGUCUAUGAGAAGUGUAUGACUGGAGGAGAGGAGUACUGUGACAGCCCCCACAGUGAACCAGGCACCAUUGACGAGGCUGACAACGGAACUGAGCCACACACUAGUGAUGACGAGGUGGAGCAGAUUGAAGCCAUUGCUAAGUUUGAUUAUGCCGGGCGGAGCCCGAGGGAGUUGUCCUUUAAAAAGGGAGCAUCGCUGCUGCUAUACCACCGGGCGUCGGAGGACUGGUGGGAAGGGAGACACAACGGGGUUGAUGGCCUCAUACCUCACCAGUAUAUUGUAGUGCAGGACUUGGAUGACGCCUUUUCUGACAGUCUGAGUCAGAAGGCAGACAGUGAAGCGAGUAGUGGACCGCUGUUGGAUGAUAAGGCCUCAUCCAAAAACGACCUCCAUUCACCGUGUGAGCAGUCACCUGAUUACAACUUCAGUGGGGUGAUGGGCAGGGUGAGACUGCGUUCAGAUGGCGCUGCUAUUCCUCGCCGGCGGAGUGGUACAGAGAGCCACAGCCCUACACGUGGCACGGACACUCCCCCUCGCGCUGCUGCCUGCCCCAGCAGCCCGCACAAGGUGGCAGUGAGCAGAGGCCGAGUAGAGAGUCCUGAGAAGAGACGGCUGGGCACAUUUGGCAGUGCUGGCAGCAUUAAUUACCCCGAGAGAAAAGCCUAUCCUGAGGGCCACCCAUUGAGGCCCGGAUCAGGGGCCACACGCCACAGCAGCCUUGGAGACCACAAAAGCCUGGAGGCCGAGGCCUUAGCUGAGGACAUAGAAAAAACUAUGACCACUGCUCUCCAUGAGCUCCGGGAGCUAGAACGUCAGAAUACAGCCAAGCAGGCUCCGGACGUGGUGCUGGACACUCUGGAACCCAUGAAGAACCCUGUGAGCUCAGAACCGGCCAGCCCUUUGCACACCAUCAUGAUCCGUGACCCAGACGCAGCGCUGCGGCGUGGAAGUAGCUCCACGUCAGAGAUGAUGACCACCUUCAAACCGGCACUCUCCGCAAGGCUGGUUGGUGCCCAGCUCAGACCUCCACCUAUGAGGCCGGUGCGGCCUCCCCCAACCCAACACCGCUCCAGCAGCUCCAGCUCGUCCGGUGUGGGCAGCCCAGCAGUCACCCCCACUGAGAAGGGCUUUCCCAACAGUUCAGCCACAGCAUCCUCCUCAAACACAGGAGAUAAACAAGGAGGCAGCAUGUAGCCCCACCAGGGUUGGGGUCAAAGCUGGAUGUAUAGCUUACAACCCUGGUGAGAUUGCAUCAAGCAUAUGAAGACCAAAAGGAGGGGAAAAUGCUCCCCAGUCUUUUUUUGUUCUUAUUCUAGCUUUAGAUUUUUCAAAUUCUGAAUCAGUCUCAGAACACUCCAGAAGUGAGCCAAGGUUGCUAUGGCGACAAGGCGUGUGAAGUAUAUCAGCUAGCGUUCUGUGAAACAUGAUGAAAGGUGAGGUGGAAAAGAAGAAAGUUGGGAAAGAAUAAAUGUGUCUUGGUAUAUAGAUGUGUGUACACAUACAGUAUAUGCGUAUGUAUAAGCCUGUUACACAUAUGUGUAUAUAAAUAUGCAUACAGUAUAUAGUAACACCUCAGAGCUUAGUUUUUUUUCCUUCUUUUUUGUUUUUUUACCUCACGUACUAUUGAUUGACCCUCUCUGGCAAGUCUUUUGCUUUUCACCAUGGACUUAAUGUAGAUAGAGCAAUACUAAUUGAGUUUAGCAUUUGUUUCUCUCUGCACUGGUCAGCCAGAGUUGUUCAGUUAUUGAGGGGGAGGAGCUCCUACUUAGUCCCUCCCCCAAAACAAGACUUUCCAUUUAAAAGAAGACUGUCGCUCAAAGACUGCCCACAUGGCUACCUUUGAGCUGUUGUAAAUAGAAAUAUACUGUACUUGAACUUGUAAUGCCUUUUGUUUUGUAGUAUAAGGGAUGUUCAGCAACAUAACAACAUAGCCAAGUUGUAAACAUAUAUGAGAUGCAGAAUCUGAAACCAAUAUACAUUACCAACUAAUUGUAAGAAACCUGUGGUAAAAAAAGUAGUUUAACUUGUAUAUACUUUUUAAGUAGGUUCUUUUUUUAAUUGUUAAACAUGUACAUUUGUGGACAGAACAGGCAAGAAUGGCAUUUAUCCAAAAAACAACAAUCACAACCAGCAAGCAAAGAAAUGAUUGAUCAGUAUCGGUACUUCAUGUAAGCAAUCUGAGCCAUUAAUAUUAGUUCUGACUACAUUUAACUUCAUUCCUGUUUAUUUUUUAACUAAAGUACUAAAUGCAUUCAAACGGAGUCCGUUGUUCUUACAUGAAAAAUUCACAGAUGAACUGGCAUAAGCAUCUUUCAUUUCUUUAGAUAUCUUUUGUUUCAAACAUAAUAAACUUAUUUUGCCUUCAAAACACAUCCUCAGUUGACCUUAAGUCCUAAUAUUGGUUGGCUGUGCCCAAGCUAAAUGUAGCUGUUCUAUGUAGCAAGUAUAGUGUACAUCACAGUUUCUUCUUCUUUGUGCUUGUAGGUGGUUUCAUAGCCUAAUUCAAUAUUCAUAGAAGGACAAACAGCUACCACAGUUAUAUUUCAGAUUAUUGCUUCAUUUGUGAAGUAUUUGAAAUAGCAUACAAACAUGCACUAAAAAAUAGGGCUGGGAACACAUUGAUUUAUUAAAAACUAUCAAUAGCAGCCAUGAAAUUGGUAAUUAGAUUUCAUUAUUUACAUACACAUUUACAUACAUGGCAUAAGUGAGUGUCACACUAGUACAUUGCUACAUUAGUAUGUUGCAUUCUUCAGCAGAGUUUACUAAUUAGUCUUCAUGAGGUCUUUUCAUGCUGUUUUACAGAUUUAGCGCACUGAAAGCUUCACAUCAAGUCCAGUGUACCUCUUAUUUAACCCUGAGAAAGUGGGAAGAAAAAGGAAAUAAAUGUAUGCAUUAAGUGGUAACUGCAAACAAGUUACCCUUUUAGCAAGUGCAACUCAAGUGUUCAGGCAAUGGUAAAUCAAUCCAUUCUACUUAAAAAAAAAGAUGAAAAAUGACCAGUUUCUCUGACUCACGCAGGAGCAGAAGCUCUGACGCGGUGUCUCAGUGUGUGUAGGUGUGUUUAGCUCUGUUUCAGCUCCAAGCUGUUAAAAUGAGCAAUCCAACGAGCAUCCAUGAGCUUGGAAACAAAAGCGACACAAAAGUUAAUGUUUGUGUUUUCAAAACUUGAUGUGGGUUUUUUCUAAGCUAUUUUUUGCUUCUGAGGCUUGGACUUAAAGUAAAAUGGCCUUGGGCAUGUUGGGAGUAAACUGUCCUGUACUGAAUAUGUAACUGGAAAACACCCAAGGUAUUAAAAAUACCCAAGGUAUUAAAAAUAGAUUAUAUGAUUAAUGUCAGACAUAUGUAUGAUUUCAUCCUAGUUUAUUGAUUUGUUAUUAAUUGCUUAGAACCAUCUAUGACCAAGUUUGAAUCACUGUUAUUGAACAUUCCAGCAUCUGAUGUAUUUUAAGCCUAGAUUCAACUCUUGCUCCAGGCACAGAAUCAAGAACUAGUCCUAGAGUUAGCUACAUGCAUACAUUAUCAUGUUAAUGACAUUACUCAGAUAUGUUAACUAAUUAUCAUAAAUCAUGAAUAUUCAGGUUACCUAGUAUUCAUGUCACUAAAGAAGUGAAAGGGCUCUACUAUGCUGUAUCUCUAGCAGAUGGAAUAAGUAAACAUUAGCUAAUUAGUUCAGCUUUUGAUUUGACUGUAAAUCCAGGCUGCAUGGUCUCUGAUGACAUUCAGAGAUGUGUUCUAACCCCAGACUGAGGAAUUACACGCUGUAGUUCACCAGCUCUUACUGGGAGCAUCUCAGCUGCCCUCAAUCUGUCAUAUAAUUUCCAGUUCAUCUUUAAACUGGUUUCCAGUCAUCCCCUCCUCCCCCGCUGCUCUCAAAGGGGGGAAUUCCCGCUCUGGCACGAAAAUUGUCCAACUGACCCACUUAUCCGCUUCAGUCAAUUCAGCUUUAAUCUCAUCUUCAGCACAGAUAAUCAACCACGUCUGCAUUUCUGCCUUCUUAAUUGCCACCUCUUGCCUGUUCCGCUCGAAUCUACAGUAUGUAAAUGCUUGUAUAGUGGCAAAAAAAUGAAAGAAAGAAAAAAAAUCUGCUGGGAAAAAAGUACUGUUACUGCACACUUCUCUUGAUUACAAAUGUGAUGUGAUGAUGUGAGAGUCAAGCCCUUGUCUUAAUGUAUCAACAGCACAGACGUCUUGCCUUCUUUCUUUGUCUUGCUAUUUAAGCCUUUUGUUUUUUUGUUUUAAACACACAUCUCUGUGUGAGUCUUACCCGUUUAAUGUGCCAUACUUCUUUUAUUUUGCACUAUGUUUUAUUCAUGUAAUUGGGAAUUACUUGUACCUUUUCUUGCUGCUGGCAUUUUGUGUCAGCAUUAGCACCCGGUAAUUAGCUGUAGCUAGCAGCUGGCUCGCGUCUGGACACCUCAGCCUUGCCCCCUGCAUGGACUUUCAUUCUGCAUGUGAGGGAGGCAGACGUGCAUGUGCUUCCAUAAGCUAUUACACCACCACCUGCAGUGAGACUAGUCAAAGGCAAUGCUGUGGUGCAUAACACAUAGUGAGUCCCUCAAAAAGAAAAACAAACAUCGCCAAGAUGUGGAGAUCCAUCUGUCCAUAUUAAAGAAGCUGCAGCAUUAUUUUUUUUUACCUAAUUACCACCUGCUGCUUGUGUACUGUAUGGUCAGUUACCAUAGGCAGUGCAUUUCUGUAAACUUUGCAAGGAUUGUAAAACUCACUGACUCAAAAUGCACUUAUAAUAGAAGGCAGUGGGCAGUUUAUGAAUUCUAUCAAUAAACAUCUAUGCAAAACACAUGUUUGUAGAAGAAUUUGGUGAAUAAUACAGUCAAAAGUAUUUGUAAAUUAAGCUGUAAAUCUGUAUAAUUUAUUCUUUUGGAGAUGAGACUAACUUCCAGAGGGAGAACAAAAUUCACCAGUGUCAUCAGUUUUCACGGGUUGCUUCCUAACGACACGUAAAAAUACUUUUUGGCUAAACCGGUGUGGUGGUUUGACUUUGUAUGGUGUGAUGUAGGCCUACAGUACUCGCUGAGUAGAACUCCUAAUCACCACAUCACUCGCUCUGAGACCUCCCCCGACUGCCAUUUGUUCCAAGACCUUCCCCUGAUCUGGGAUUAGUCCUAAUUACCACAGCGUUUGUUCUGAGGGCUAUUAGAGCUGCUAAUACUGAGUUCUUUUUAAGGAUACUUGAAACAUUAUAGUCAUUGAUACUUCAAUUUUGUUUAGUUCUUUCGUGUUUGAAUUAUACUGCCAGCUUAAGGCCCUGGCAUUGUUAGAGUUUCAUUGUUGUACUUUUGAAUUUGCGUUCAUAGUCACAUAUUUCAAAAAAUGAUUCACUGACUUCAGCAGUUGCCCAUUGAGUUCUAUUCUAAGUGAGCUUUGAGUCAUCGGCUCAGUUUUCUGUUCUUUUCUAAGUACAGGAAAACGUGGAAAUGUUGUAUGUGGUAAUCAAUGCUAAGGCACAAAUACAGCAGACAGAUUAAGCUGAAAAUGUUGGCAAAUUCCUCAAAUUCUUUUAACCCAUCCAGCCCGUCAGUGAGCGCAGUGUGAUGAUACAGAGUGGGACGCUCAGCUUCCAGACACUUAAAAUUAGCCAGUGCUUUAUUAUAGUUACAAUGUCUACAAUAGACAAUAGUUACAAGGCAUCGGUUAGGACAGCAUUCUAGACUUACGUACACCAUGAUGACCACGUAGUAUAUUGAAUGGUGAUGUUGAUUAGUUGUCUAUUAGAUAGGUGCGGUUCCAUCCCUCUGACCAUGACCGUCCAGCCUCAGUUUGUAUGGAAAGGCCUAAGGCUGCACCUUUUGUCCUACACCAGUUACUGCACUGCUCUCUGGUGGACAGAAAGGGCACUGUCCAUCCUCCUCAUCUCCCUCUGCUGGUGAAUGCUGGUAUUUAGAGGUUUAAUUAUAGGGAUUUUUCAGAAGGCCAUUGAGUUUUUUGCUGUCUGUCUCUGCAGGUUAGGACCUUUCAAAAUUAGCAUUAAAGAGCUGUUAGCAGUUGGAAUGCAUUGCCAUUGCUUUGCACAAUGCACUGCAUGGUCUGUGUUGAAAGCCAACAAGUUCAUGGAGCCCUUCUCUGUACCAAAAACAUUCAAAUUGAUUUUGUAGGUUUAUUUUUCUAGUUUUUCUGUCACUUUUAGUAUCAUUGAAAUAAUUAUGUUUGAACAAAUCUGAUCCUAGUGUCUCCAAAUAUAAGCACAAACAGGAAAUUGUGAUGAAAGAUGACUGUGUGAUCUAAAUGUAACGGGAAAGACACUCUUAGUUAUCUUUGAGCCUUUGAGACAGUGUAUGUUGACUUUCGUCAGCUGUUUUAUCAUCAGUGCUUUUGUGAUUUAUCACCUUCUAAUCACAUAACGUGUCCCGUCUUAUGAAAUCCUCACAUAUCACUGAUCGCUAAUGUAGGAAUUUUCGACCUUCUUGCUGGAAUCAUGAAAGCUGCCGUCCAUAUCAACUGAAGUUUUUGGUAUUUGCCAUUUGUUUGUUCACCUCUUCAUCAUCUUUAUCUGCAUUUCCUAAUUCCUUUCAUUCCUGUUUUCUCCUCGAAUGAGCCCAGACUGUGCUGUGUAAAAGCUGCGUUUGACUUUCUGCUCUUGUAAUCCCUCCACCCAAGCUAAUGCAUCGCAGUAUUUAAGGCCUAGUCAGAUCUUCUAUGGUACUUGCACGAAUACUGAUUACUGAGGCACUUGGUGCACCCCUGUCCUUUAUAGACUGUAUGUGGACUGUAAAUUCUGGAAGAUUUUUUAGUUUGGGAACGUAUGCUAUAACGGGUGUGUAUUGUACGUAUGCUAAAACUGUAUGUAUGCUAAAGUAACAUAGGCUUUCUCCUUCUCUAGACAACAACAUUCAUAAGACCAAACUUGCCGUCCGUCUGUACUAGUGGGUUGUGAAUAUUGACAUUCUGUUUUUUGCCCUCCUCUUGACACUUUUGUCUAGUGAUGCUGUUUGUUAAUGACUGUUUGAAUGGUUGAAUCCUCCCUGUGAUGUAGGUUAACUGUACACCAUGCCACUGUUUGGAUGUGAAAAAUAUUCAAGUCCAAAAUAAAAACGAAUUAACUUUUUUUUGAUCUCCUA